AGCAACUCUCCGCGCGAAGACGCUGCGCAGACACCCCGGGACCCGCCCCUUGCCCGUCCCUUGCCCGUCCCCACCUCUGCCCGCCAAAGUCUGCGCGCGAAAUCCGUGGCGCCAAACUGGGACUGCCGGGUUCGUCGCGCCAGGCGAGUGCGGUGUUUGGGGCAGCCGCGCACCAGGGACAGCUGACAAAAAAAACCCCAAAAAUCCUGGAAAGGAGAAUUUUAGUGCCAUCAUGCAGCGGAGUAUCAUGUCAUUUUUCUACCCCACCAAAGAGGGUAAAGCAAAGAAGCCUGAGAAGGAUACCAACAAGAGCAGCGGCAGAGAGACAGAGCCCCCUCCAAAGGUGGCACUGAAGGAGCGGAAUGGAGUGGUGCCUGAUAAUGACUCUCCAGUGAAGAGGUCAGGGAGGAAGGCAGCGCAGGUCUUGAGCAGCGAGGGAGAGGAAGAAGAUGAAGCCCUCAGCCCCAGUGAAGACCAGAAGCCUGAGCCAGAUUCCCCACAAGGGUCCCCACCUAACCUCGCCAAAUGUCCCAAGAACAGCCCUUCCUUCUCGGACACCUCCCCUAUGGACAUCUCCUCUUCAGGAAUACCAAAGCGAAUUACGGCUCGGAAACAGCUCCCGAAACGGGUAAUUCAGGACGUCUUGGAGGAUCAGAAUGAGGACAAAGACAGAGAAGCCAAGAAGAGGAAGGAGGAAAAAGAAGCAGAGACUCCAAGAGAAAGCCUCGUAGAGACUGGAGCAGCAACAGUGAAGGAAGAAGAGGAGGGGCAUCAGCCCUCGACACCCCCUGAGCCCCCCAAAGCCCCCAAAGCAGAAGCCCCAGCAAAGACAGAAGGUGUUUCCACACCCAAGGUACCCCAGAAGCAGGAGCCACAGGAAAAGAACCAGAGCAAGGCUGCCCCCAGAGUCUCCAGGAACCUCAGCAGUUUCUUCACACCCCGGAAGCCAUCAGUCAAAACCGAUGUGAAACAAGAGCAGUCAGGUACCCCAGGAAAAGAGGAGGCCAAGAGAUCCCUGGACCCAGUGAGCUACAAUCCCGCUAAGAACAACUACCACCCCAUCGAGGAUGCCUGCUGGAGACAGGGCCAGAAGGUUCCUUACCUGGCUGUGGCCCGGACAUUUGAGAAGAUUGAAGAGGUUUCUGCUCGGCUCCGGAUGGUGGAGACGCUGAGCAACUUGCUGCGCUCUGUGGUGGCCCUGUCCCCUCCAGACCUGCUCCCUGUCCUCUACCUCACCCUUAACCGCCUUGGGCCUCCCCAGCAGGGCCUAGAGCUUGGCGUUGGUGAUGGUGUCCUUCUCAAGGCCGUGGCCCAGGCCACAGGCCGCCAACUGGAAUCUGUCCGGGCUGAGGCUGUUGAGAAGGGAGACAUUGGGCUGGUGGCUGAGAACAGCCGCAGUACUCAGAGACUGAUGCUGCCACCACCCCCUCUUACCACCUCUGGAGUCUUCUCCAAGUUUCGGGACAUUGCCCGGCUCACUGGCAAUGCUUCCAUGACCAAGAAGAUGGAUAUCAUCAAAGGCCUCUUUGUUGCCUGCCGCCACUCAGAAGCCCGGUUCAUCGCCAGGGCCCUGAGUGGACGGCUGCGCCUCGGGUUGGCUGAGCAGUCGGUGCUGGCUGCCCUUUCCCAGGCUGUGAGCCUCACACCCCCAGGCCAAGAAUUCCCUCCGGCCGUGGUAGAUGCUGGGAAAGGCAAGACCACAGAGGCCAGAAAGACAUGGCUAGAGGAGCAAGGCAUGAUCUUGAAGCAGACAUUCUGUGAGGUACCUGACCUGGACCGAAUCAUCCCUGUGCUGCUGGAGCAUGGCCUGGAGCGACUCCCGGAGCACUGCAGGCUGAGCCCAGGGGUCCCUCUGAAACCUAUGUUGGCCCAUCCCACUCGGGGUGUCAGUGAGGUCCUGAAACGCUUUGAGGAGACAGCCUUCACCUGCGAGUACAAAUACGAUGGGCAGAGGGCACAGAUCCAUCUUCUAGAAGGCGGGGAGGUGAAGAUCUUCAGCAGGAAUCAGGAAGACAACACGGGGAAGUACCCCGACAUCAUCAGCCGCAUCCCCAAGAUUAAACUCCCCUCAGUCACAUCCUUUAUCCUGGACACUGAAGCUGUGGCUUGGGACCGGGAAAAGAAGCAGAUCCAGCCGUUUCAAGUCCUAACCACUCGCAAACGGAAGGAAGUAGAUGCUGCAGAAAUCCAGGUGCAGGUGUGUCUGUAUGCCUUUGACCUCAUCUACCUCAAUGGAGAGUCUCUGGUCCGUGAACCCCUGUCCCAACGCCGGCAGCUGCUCCGGGAGAACUUCGUAGAGACAGAAGGCGAGUUUGUCUUCGCCACCUCUCUGGACACCAAGGACAUGGAGCAGAUUGCUGAGUUCUUGGAGCAGUCAGUGAAAGACUCCUGCGAGGGGCUGAUGGUGAAGACCUUGGAUGUUGAUGCCACCUAUGAGAUUGCUAAGAGGUCACACAACUGGCUUAAGCUGAAGAAGGACUACCUUGAUGGCGUGGGUGAUACCCUGGAUCUCGUGGUGAUUGGCGCCUACCUGGGCCGGGGAAAGCGAGCCGGCCGCUAUGGGGGUUUCCUGCUGGCUGCCUAUGAUGAGGAGAGCGAGGAGCUACAAGCCAUAUGCAAGCUUGGAACGGGCUUCAGUGAUGAGCAGCUGGAAGAGCAUUACCAGAGCCUGCAGGCCCUGGUGCUGCCCACCCCACGCCCCUAUGUGCGGGCAGAUGGUGCCGUGGCGCCUGACCACUGGCUGGACCCCAGUGCCGUGUGGGAGGUGAAGUGUGCCGAUCUCUCUCUCUCCCCCAUCUACCCUGCUGCCCGGGGCCUGGUGGACAGUGAGAAGGGGAUUUCCCUCCGCUUCCCUCGGUUUAUUCGCGUACGUGAGGACAAGAAGCCAGAGGAGGCCACUACCAGUGCGCAGGUGGCCUGUCUGUACCGCAAGCAAAGCCAGAUUCAGAACCAAGGCAUUGACUCAGACUCUGAUGAUGAAGAGUUCUACUAAGCGCUUGUGCUCCAGGGCCUGGGGCAGAGGUGAAGGGGACCCAGGGAUGUGGGAGAACUGAUGUUGAGUCCCACGUGUGUGCUGGGUCUGGGAUUCAUUUGAUCAUCACUUUCAAUAAAUAAUUACUGGACGUC